AAAUAAAAUUUCUACUUUAUGUACGCUAGUUGCCAUCUCGUCCCUAGGUGGCGUUAAUGAACAAUCAUAUGUUCAAAAUAGGUUAAACAACAUUCGGUGAGGUUAAGUUACUCUAGGAAAAGUCUAUUAAUUACGUUAGCCAUGAAUUUCCUGACCAAAAGUGUAAUGAAUAUAGCGAGAACUUGCAUAGCAAAUACCAUCCAAAGUAGCAACCUAACUACGAAAUUUUGUAGGGACAGCUAUAGCCAAGCAGGAAACAUACUGAAUGCUACAAGGAUAUGUGUGAGCACAGCAUUACAAGGAUUGGAACAGAUCAGAUUUGGAAGUACUUUAUGGCAAAUGCAUAGAAGAGGCGGACCAUACAAAAAGCCCAGAGUUUCGAAGAAUCCUUUCGACGGCGCACCAUUUAUGAAGGGCGUAGUUUUAAAAACUGUUAUCAGAAAACCGAAGAAACCUAACUCUGCGAAUCGAAAAUGCGUCAUUGUGAGAUUGUCGAACGGCAAAGAAAUGACGGCAUAUGUUCCCGGAAUCGGUCAUAAUCUGCAGGAACAUAAUAUAGUGCUGUGCAAGAAUGGACGACUGCGAGAUACACCUGGAGUUAAAAUAAAAUGCGUGCGUGGAAAGUACGAUUUGCCACACGCAUCUAAGCGCGAUUAAUUUAUAACUAUUAAUUGUUAUCAUACGUAUGCCUGACAAAAUUAAUGUAAUUUCUGUAAAAAAAAGGAUGUCAACUGUACUAU